GAUCAACAGCCAAAGCAUACCUUGAUAAUUAUGAAGAUAUUGUUUCUCAAUCUUUGCCUGUGGAGAAGGUAGCACUACAUUACAGUGAAGUCAGUGGCUCUGCAAAAUAUGUCAUCCUCAAGUUUGUUUCAUUUGCAGAUUCAGUUGUGAAGUAUUUAGAAGAAAUUGCUGAAAAGGGGACAUUCAGAAGAGAUURUGGUACCAGACAAGAGGAAAUUCUGCUGAAGGAGAACAUCGYAUUUGAAGCAUUCAUAGAAACAGAGAUGCUUUCUUGGAAGGCAUGGUUGAAAGAUGUGGAAGAUCGUUUUCUUGAGAUGGAAAAUAAUGUGCCUUUAAGUUCACCUCCCAAAAAGAAGCUAAAGAAGAGACAGCAAAGGAAAACAGAAAACAAAGUGUCCUCAGUGGCUGAAUUUGCUGCAGAAUUACAAAUUGACUGUUUCAAAAAGGUCUUUGAAGGUUGGCAAAUUAUUGACCUUGUCAUGAGGAAAAAUGUGUAUGAGGAUGAUGAAGAUGAGAAGAUAGAUAUUUUUGAUGUUAAG